AGAGAGCGAGAGAGAGAGAGGAGAGAGAAUCAUUCAGGAUUUCUCAGUAAAACCUAUCUCGAAGUUAAAAAGAAAAUGGCGUCGGCGUUGAGAUCCGCCGUACUCCGCCGCAUUCAGGUUCCAAUAGCCCGAUCUACAGUCAUAAAUGGAUCACAAAUGACGGCCGUCCGAUCAAUGUCAUCCCACGGCGACGAUCAUCUCGACAAGCAGGAAGUCGUUGACCGAGUUCUCGAAGUUAUCAAAUGCUUCCCCAAAGUUGACCCCUCCAAGGUGAAUCCCGAUGUGCAUUUCCAGAAGGAUUUGGGCUUGGAUAGCUUAGACACAGUCGAAAUUGUGAUGGCUCUUGAGGAAGAGUUCAAACUGGAAAUUCCCGAUAAGGAAGCCGAUAAAAUCGACUCUUGCCCUCUUGCAAUUGAAUACAUCUUCAACCACCCCAUGUCUAGCUAAAGUUUGCUGGCUAGAAUUUUCUUUUUUCUUUUCGGAUCUCAU